AUACAACCCUGACAUAUGUUUCUUUGAAAAUCAGCGCGCGCUGCACUUUGCCUCCUGAAUGGCGACGUCACAAAGGGCUAAAGCGCGGUGGGCGGGGCCGCGCGGGAUGGCGAGUGCGCAUGCGCGCUGGAGGGGAACGCAGCAAUCAGUCAGUCAGAAGCGUCGAAGAAAAGAAACACAAGAGGAGCAGCGGCGGCAGCAGCAGGCAUGGAGAGCCCCGACACCGCCACGGCCCAGCGCGCGCUGCCACACAGACCGGGGCCUUAAUCUCACGCGCCUUCACUUCAGUUAUUCCUCUUCUUUCUCUCUGUUUUAUUUUUUUGUUUGUUUGUUUUUUGUUGUUGUUUUUUUGCGAACCAAAGCGACUGGAUAAAUUUGAAAAAAAAAAUUUUUUUCGUUAAUAUUUUUAAUCAUGCUGGAUGCUGGAGAAUCUUUUGUUUUUCUUUUUCCUUCUUCUUCUUCUUCUUCUUCUUUAAAAAGCCAAACCAAAGCGAUCGGAAAAUAAAUCACUAAAAAAAAGGGGACACUCUUUAUUAUCUGAAAUAAAAAGGAACUUAAUAAUACUAUUUUUUAAAUAAUAAUAAUAAUAAUAAUAAUAAAGUCGAGAGAAGGAGGCUACACGGGAUAAGGAGGCGAAGGAGGAGAAACUUUUACGCACGUGAGGAACUUUUGACUCUCUGGCGAGCAGAUAGAUGAUUUGUCCACGAGCUCUCGCGCACGAUGAACGCGCAGCUGUCGAUGGAGAGCCUGGGCGAUCUGCACGGCGCGAGCCAUGAGCCGGCGGCGGCGGCGGCCCACGCGCGCUCCGCGGUGGGCAUGGCGUCAAUCCUAGAGAGCGGCGACUAUCCUCAUCCUGCUCAUCCGCACCAUCCUCAUCCUCAUCAUCCGCACGCUCAUCCGCAUCCUCAUCAGCACCGCCCCCCGGAGCACGCGGGCCUCGCGGGCCACCUGCACGCGGCGAUGAGCGGCGCCAUGGCGUGCGAGGCGACCGCCGGUAUGGGCAUGAGCGGCACGUACACCACGCUCACGCCGCUGCAGCCUUUACCUCCCAUCUCCACCGUGUCCGACAAGUUUCCUCAUCAUCCUCAUCCUCACGCUCAUCCUCACCAGAGGAUCGCGGGGAACGUCAGCGGGAGCUUCACGCUCAUGCGGGACGAGCGCGCGCUGGCCUCCGUCAACAACCUCUACGCGCCCUACCACAAGGACGUGGCGAGCAUGGGCGCCAUCCACGGCUCCCAGCAUGCACUGCCCCCGCCGCCGCCUCCGCCGCCGCCGCCGCCUUACGCCCACGAGAAGAUGCUCGCGCCCGCCGGAUUCGACUCCCAUCACCCCGCCAUGCACGCGAGCAGCGUCACCUCGUCCACCUCGUCUUCAUCCUCGUCCUCGUCCUCCUCCCCGGCGACCGGCAUGAUGGUGCAAAUCAACGGCAUCCAUCACCACCACCACCACCACCAGCACCACCAUCACCCCCAUCACCCGCACGCGCACCUGAGCGCGCAGGGGCACCACCAUCACCACCACCACCACCACGCGCAGGGAGCACUCGGAGCCGCGCGGGACCGGGAGCACGCGGCGCCCGUGGAGGAGGUGAACACCAAGGAGGUGGCGCAGAGGAUCACCACCGAGCUGAAGCGCUACAGCAUCCCGCAGGCCAUCUUCGCUCAGCGCGUGCUGUGCCGCUCGCAGGGAACGCUCUCCGACCUGCUGCGGAACCCCAAACCCUGGAGCAAGCUCAAGUCCGGCCGCGAGACCUUCCGCCGCAUGUGGAAGUGGCUGCAGGAGCCCGAGUUCCAGAGGAUGUCCGCGCUGCGCCUCGCAGCGUGCAAAAGGAAGGAGCAGGAACACGGGAAAAACGAGCGCGGAACCGCCUCGAAGAAACCGCGACUCGUGUUCACCGACGUCCAGCGUCGGACUUUACAUGCAAUAUUCAAAGAGAACAAGCGCCCGUCCAAAGAGUUACAAAUCACCAUCUCUCAGCAGCUGGGCCUGGAGCUCGCCACCGUCAGCAACUUCUUCAUGAACGCUCGCCGGCGGAGUCUCGAUAAGUGGCUGGACGAUGGAGGCUCCAACUCGGCCAACUCGUCCUCCAGCACUUGUACCAAAGCGUAACAGCUGCAGACUGACCCAAAAAAACCUUCGGUGGAAAAGCUUUAACCUAAAAAAACUAAGCCAGAGAACUUCUGGACAGCGUUUUUUUGCCCUUAAGACUUGUACAAUACUGAUAUUUAUAAUAUCCAAAGAAAAAACAACCAAACAACCAAAGACUUCUUCUUCUCCUUCUUCUUCUUCUAGUUCUUCUUCUUCUUCAGCGAGUAUUUAAGACUUCAUUCGUUUAUGUCUGCAAAAAAGAAGUGUUACUGUCAGAUCAUUGGUCAUACAAACACCUAUCACCAGUUUCCCACACUCACACCUCUCAUUCUCGAUCCUCGUGAUUGGUUGGACUCUUUCUCAUCACUGAUUGGACGCUGACUCCGCCUUGGAGUUGUUGUAUUGUUUUUUUUUUGUUUGUUUUUUGUUUUUGUUGGGAUUAUUUAGCACGAUUUGAGGCGUGUGACAUCUCACGAGUUUAAGCACUGUGUCCAAACGGAGACGAGCACAGGUGUGAUGAUGAUGAUGUCACUCAUGUGCUUCGAGCCCCGCCCCUUUUCACCCACCUUCACCCCUCCUUCCCCCAUUCCUGAAAAAAACAAUUCUCCAGGGUUCGAGGAUUAAAAACAUGAAGCUGUAGCAUCUUACCACGGUUUUCCUCGAAUGCCGUCCUCCUCGUAGUGCUUUCUUCCUAACUGUCAGGAAAAUUAGGAUGCGUUUCGUUCAUCAUCUGUAACCAUUUCACUUUUACGUGCAGAAAUCAAUCAAGUAUGGAACCAAAGAAGUGUGUGUUAAAGAGACUGCUCCAAAUUUCUACACUCUAAUCAAAAACAAUUUGGUAGAAACUUAAAUCAUUGUGCUUAAAUCAUUCACACUUUGUCCAAUCGCUCUACGCUUUGUGGCGUGAUACGUUCAGGGAAAACUUCACUAGCUUUAAAAUACUUUGCUCAAUCUAUGUUUUAAAAAAAUAAUAAACGCCAGCAGCUAAACACCAAAGAUCGACCCUCAUCGGGCAGCUUCAGCACCUGUGCUGGAAAAACGUAAUCGACCAAUCAUAAGCAUGUAAGCCUGAGAGGGACGCUACUCCGCCGACGGUUAACCACGCCCACAAGCAGGGACUGACAGCGGACUGUAAAUAAGCACCUACGUUAAAUCACGAUGUAAAGCUGCCAGGAUUAGCCGUGCUUUUACUCGGCUAACGUCGUCACUGGAGUCCACAAUUUCCAAAAUUUCAAGGUUACACUUUUGAUUUUGGCGUCACAUGGUACCGGAAAGUUUAUGUGCAUUAUUCAUUAGCAACAAACUCCAUCGACACACAGUGAAAGUCUGGUGCUUAACGGUAGUUAUGCUUUAUUUUAACAACAAUCUGGGGCCAAAAAAAAGGUGCAUGAAAUAUGUAACAUUUUUAAUUUCACAAUGAAUAAAAAGGUAACGAACAAAUAGAGACUGUGUGAAUUCACAGUUUAUGGUUUAGCCAUAAGGUGAGAGCAGAAAUCUACACUUUUAGACCAAAAAGUUAAUAAAAUUCUCCUGGCCUAAAAAGAAAAACAAUGCACUGAAGAAUUCACUUCUGGUAGCAGUUACUUUCACUUUGUGAUGACUUUCUCUUUAGUUUUUGACGUGUGAAUUCGCAAACCUUUAUCUUGUGCGCCAAUAGAAACCCAGUGGGCGGAGCUUUUUAUCAUUUCCACUGUUAGCUUGGAGGCGUCUCGUCCACAGAAAUACACUCCGGGUUUUUAUGGAAAACUUCUGUUUUUUCUCUCCGCCUGCUAGGACUUUCUCCAUUCAGGUUUCAGACUGAUAAACAUGAAGCUGUGUUAGCUUUACUAGCAUAAUGUUGAAGGAUCUGCAACACUUUUGUAGUGAAAAGAACUUCAGCCCAAUUUUUUUGCCCCAGAGUGCAAGUGUAUGUGUGUGUUGUUAUUCUCAUUAUAUCCACUAGGGGGCAGGAGGGAGCUGAAACAUCCCUGGCUGGAAGAAUAUCCUAUAAAAUGUCGACCUGUUAGCAGCGUUGCUGGUGUCGUGAACUGUCCACUCGUAGGAUACUACCUCCUUGAGGAAUUUUUAAGAACACACACACACACACAUACACAAACUAAAAUAGAGUGUAAUGUCCUGUUAUCGCAGCAUCUGAUUCAAACCUACUAACCCCUGGCUUAUGGUUUUUGAUUAGCUGAAUAAUUCUAUGCAUGACCUGGUUUGGAAGAAAGCACUACGAGCUUUGCGUUCCUCCUCGAGGAAGCGGUUGCAUUCGGUCCACUCCAACAGUCACGAGAUUUCUGGCCUGGCUGUUCCUGGUCACUUGUGGUGUGGUGUGGUUAGCUUUACCAAAAAAAUGUUAUAUCUAUAUAUUCGGUAUCUAUUUAUGAGUAUUCCAUUUGAUGACGAGAAGAGAACGCUGCUUCCUCGUGUAGAAAAGACGGAAAUAUCUUCAGACCUGCUUAUAUUUUUAGUGCGAACCAAAGAUGCUACCUCACUCAGUUUCCAUUAGUGAUUUCUAUCACAUUAAUGAUACCAAAGAAUACCAAAGAUGUUUCUUUUUUUUUCUGUUUUUUUCCUCUCUUUUGCACGGCCUACGUGAAUGAUGUGGUGGAUAAAAUGGACGGUGUGAUGAUCGCCCAGCCUUCCUUUCCUUUCCUUCCCUCUCUCUCCCUCUCUUUCUUCCUUCCUUCACUCCGCGUGCUCUCUUUUUCAUCCGUGCUCGUGCGACUUUGAUAAAAAAAAAAAACUCACAGGACGAGUGCCUUGCUUGAACCAAAGUGUUAAACCGCCGUUAACCUCUCAAUCUCUCUCUCUCUCUCUCUCUUUCUCUUUCUUCUUGUACUCUUAAAAUACCUCAGCCUCUAGAAGGGCCACUGAUGAAGAUUAACAGUCUCUCUCUCUCUCUCUCUCUCUCUCUCUCUCUCUCACUGUGGUGCUUUUCACCAGUGCAGCCAUGCAACAAAAACAUACCUUUUCCCUUUCUCCAACUCUUUUGCUGAUAAACCAAAGCUCCUCCUCUUCCCCUAUUAAGCCCUUCCCCAACACUAAUCGACCACUAGCCCCGCCCCCUUUUUGCUGGUAGGCGUGUCCACCGUACCGGGCCGUGUACGUGUUUUUACCAAAUGUCUCAGAAUACCUCAUACUAAUAAAAGCUUACAGUGGUGUUGUAUAGAGAGUCUAUGUGUUUGAGGCAGAAACUCGAUUAUUUUGCGAACUUGUUCAUGUUGAUUCGCAAAAAUAUCUUUAUUUAUUUUUGACGUUUGGCUUAAAAAGUGCUGUGUUCUUUCGCUCACUGAUGGCAAGUUUCAAAACUUGCAGGAAGGAAAAGAGAAACGUAUUUUUUGAUUAAAAGUUGUGUUAUGCUAUGUGCGAUACGGUUACGAUAACGUUAACGAUAAUGAUAAUGAUAAUGUAGGCUGUUCUUUUUUACAGGGUAAAAAAACCAACUGCUGUGAUGCCGUGUUUAUAUGUGUUUAUAUAUUUUCCUCUUUUCUCAGUUGUGUGAUUUCGUUUCAUUUCAUUUUGUACCACUUUGAGUCUGUUUUAAUUUAUGUAUUUGUAGAAAAUAUAGAUUUGUACAUAGUAGGGUUUUUUGGAAAAAAAAAAAAACAAAACAAACAAAACAAAACCAGAAAAAAGGGGACGUUCGGUUUUACGUUCUGGCCUUCUGAUGGAAGCGUGGACGCGGCGCAGGCGUGCGAUCUUUUGUGUCUCGGCUGGCACACGGUUCUGCAAUCAAAACACUGCCAGAAACACAUCACCUUCAGACGCACACACACACACACACACACACACACACACGCCCUGGGAAAGAUUUCUGUCUGUCACUGAAAUCACACAAACUGUCUGUGAUGUUUUCAUUUCCUUCAUUUUUUUGUCCUUUAUUCACGCUGCACAUAUGGAAGCUUUACAUUUAGAUCUCACUAGCCGUUUUAUUGUGUGUGAAGGUGUGUGUGUGUGUGUGUGUGGGUUUGUGUAGAAGUGGUGGUGGGAACGUACAAUCUGAGAGGGCGGGGCUUAGACAACGAAGUAGGGAGGAGCCAUGGAUUUGAUUGACAGUUUCAUCCAGUAUUCCGUACUAACCACAAUGCGCAAUAUGUCUAGUAUUAAAGCGUCAACACAACUGGACUUACAAAAACAUAAGUUUUAGCGCCCUCUUCAGCCUGCGAGGCGAAGCGCAACUGCAAUGACAAGAUUUAUGGACGCCGUCCAUUUGUUGAACCUACAUAUGCAUAUUGAGUUCUGUUCCAGCUGGGGGCGGAGCUAAUGUCAGGCCCAGAAAAAUGUUAUCAAAAUCUUGUAACAAAAAAAAAACAAGCCAGAUCCACUGCAUAGCAAUAUUGUGAAUCACAGUUUUUGAGGUAUCUUUGAAAUUCUAAAAUGAUUACAACUUUUUUUAAUGACAAACUGCACUUAAACAUCAGAGAAAUUGUUAGAAGUAGUUUAAACCUCAGUAGAACAUCAGUGAGUGGAGAAGAAAUUUCAAAACGAUUAUAUCACAAGUCCAGCACCUCAGUUUAUUCCUGUGGUAUUAUUACAUACAUCAGUUUUCCGUCAGAAGUCAUCGUGUGUCAAUGCACUGCAUGUGUUGGGAUUUUAUGAAUCCUCUUUUCAGAAAUUGUAUUUUUAGAAAUUAUAAACACAGAUUUGUGUUACAUUAUUCAUAGAGUCAUUAUUCGCUCAUUUAAUUAAUAUUUUGUCAUUAAUGUUAGCAGAUGACUGUGUUACAUGCAGUUUGUUAGUAUCUUUUAAGCCCCACCCCUCUCAUCUGCCGUAACGAUUACACUUAGCCCCGCCUCCUCAAAAAUGUUAAAACAGUGCAAUGUUUCAGUGAAAAUCUUUUCGCUUUCACGUAACUAGUGAUUUGUACCUAAAUGUAGUUGCAAGUAUGUGAACUGUGAUUCGUAACCGUAACAUCGGUAUAGUGACAAUGUAACAUGAGAAAAAAAACGAGAAAUUGAGAAUUGACGUGUCUGAUUUAUAAAAUUACAAUCUUAUCAUUGCAUUGACAUACGAAUCAUGUGACUGGAAAAUGACUCCGUAUUGUUUUGCUCUGAUUAUUGGAUUGUGUUUUUAUGGACAGAGCCUUUGCACCCAAGUCAAUGCUAUACAAAAUUUGAUCUAAAACAAAUGAAGCAUAAACCCCGCCCCCUUGAGGUAACAUGAACCAAUCAGAAUUGUACACACCAGUUUCAUCGUAUGAAUUUUUAGAAUUGUGCUAUAAUGCAGCAGCAUUGGUUUUGUCACAUUCUAUGUUGUACAAUCACCUUCGCCCACACACACACACACACACACACACACACACACACACUCUUUGUUUCCGAUCACUUUGUUAUACUAGGAGUCUUGAAUACAGCUGUGGGUUUUAGUUUACUUGGAGCAGGGGAUGCUCAAGAAGAAAAGAGUAAAAGGCAGAGCACGCAGGGAACGCAGUGUGUGUGUGCGUGUGUGUGUGUGUGUGUGAGUGUGUGUGUGUGUCGUAACCCCUUCGUCCCUCUCUCUCUCUCCUCUCCUCCCCUGUCGAUCUGAAAAAAUUCUCCCAUCCUAAUGAAUCACAGAGUGUCGUCUUGAUGUCUUGGUGUGUGAGACAGUUGCGAUAUCUCACUAUCCAAGAAUAUUGUGAUUUUGUCAGCUGACACGAAUAUUGCGAUAUCUCAAUGUAUCUGCGCAUGAAAUAUCUGGAAUGACGUGAACACUGUUAUACUUCAACAAGACUGAAAAUUGUAGCAUCUCUUGAACAGCAUGACAUUGUACGUGAAUACAGAGACAUGAAUAUUAAGAUAUCUUAACUCCGUCUGCAUCUGGACAGGCGUGAACAGUGAUUACGUAGGUGUGUGUGAAUAUUUUGAUAUGGCGAUUUUCAUGAAUAUUACUGUAUCACAAACAUGAGGAACAUCACAUUGACAUAGCACUCGAGAAUUUCACAAUCUGUGCAGAAACAUCACGAUAACUCCAGGUGCAUGGAUAUCGCACGUGUGUCAGUGUGUUGCAAUAUAGUGAUGCUCAUGAAUAUCACGGUAUCUCAAGGUGUGUGAAAAGUGAGAUAUGUCAGUAUCUCGUGUAUCCUAAUGCACACGAAUAUCACACUAUGUCAGUACGUGUGACUAUCGCCAGGUCUCGUUGUGUAUCUUGUGCGCGAAGAUAUCGAUAUCUCAUUGUACGUGAACAUCACGAGAUCACGUUGUGCGUGAAUAUUAUGCUACAUCUGUGCAUUAAGAUAUUGCUAUCCCAUUGUCUGGGAUCAUCACAAGAUCUCAUUGUGCGUGACGAUAUCGAUAUCUCAUUGUACGUGAACAUCACGAGAUCACAUUGCGCAUGAAUAUUGCUAUAUCUCACAGUUGAGGAUAUCAAGAUCUCGUGUGUUAAGAUAUCUAUAUUGUGUGUCUACAUCGUGUGUGAACAUCGCAAUAUCUCACUGUUUGUGAAUAUUAUGAUAUCUCUGUGCAUCAAGAUAGUGAUAUCCCACUGUUGGGGAUCAUCGCAAGAUGUGCGUGACGAUAUCGAUAUCUUGCUAUGCGUGAAUAUUGCGAUAUCCCGUUCAUGAAUGUCGCGAUAUCUCAUUGUGCGUGACGAUAUCGAUAUCUUGCUAUACGUGAAUAUUGCGAUAUCCCGUUCAUGAAUGUCGCGAUAUCUCAUUGUGCGUGACGAUAUCGAUAUCCUGUUGUGUGUGAAUAUUGCGAUAUCCCGUUCAUGAAUGUCGCGAUAUCUCAUUGUGCGUGACGAUAUCGAUAUCCUGUUGUGUGUGAAUAUUGCGAUAUCGUGUUCAUGAAUAUUGCAGUAUCUCAUUGUGUGUGAAUAUCGGGAUCGCUCUGAUUAUUUUUUCGCCCCCGUCCCAGUUGGUUGUCGCGGAAAAGGAGUUCCUGUUUGAUACGAAGGCCCGGCUCUGUGUGCCCUACAAUAUUUCGAGCGCCUAUGACAAUCAUCUGGAAAAGACACAAAAAAUCAUGAUUUCAUUUUCUUCCUUUCUUUCGGUUUUUUCUUGUUUUUCAGUCCAAAAAUGGACUUCUUCUUCGAGCGAUGAUCAUAUUUAGAUAAAUACUUUUUUUUUUUUUUUUUCCCCAAAGCAGUGGCUCGAACUGCGUUGUUCCAGUUUACUAGCUGAGCACUUCUUGUGUCAUGCAGUUUUAUGGUUUAUCGCUUUUUGUCUAAGCUUCAUCUUCUGUGCUUUUUAUCUAUUCUGUGUCUGAUAAAGAGAAAAACGGGAGCGAUGCACUAGGCGUCCUUCUCCGGUUGUGUUUCUGUAACGCCUCACAGUUUGCGUUAAUUAACAGUGUGUUUUUUCUUUCUUGUCUGACUUUGCUCUCCCUCUCUCCCUCGCUCCUUUUUCUUUGUUUCUUUCUCUCUCUUCCUCUGCCGUGCAAUAUCAUCUACUGUGUUUGCUAAGCAAGAAAAAAAAGAGAAAAAAAACAGAAGCAAGUGAUGAUGUCAUCAUGCUUUUUUUCAGUGUUGAAAUGUUUCAGCAUUUCUGUAGUCACAAAAAAUGUAGAAAAUAAAAACAGUUGGGUUUUCCAGCACUGCAA